GAGUGGCCGCGGAGUGUCUAGUGCCAUUUGCGCACAGAACUUGUGGCAAUUGCAGAAGGUGCGUUCAUGGUGAUGGGCAUUGGUGUGCCUAGUGCUUCUCCAACAGGGAACGCUGCGAAGAAGGACAAGUCGCGCCGCAAGGGUGCAAGUGACGAGGAGGACGACGCUCAGAAUGAGGAAUGGGUGGAACCGCAUUCAGAGUGCCAAGAUGACAGUGGUGGAAGCGACAGCCCGCGGGGUCGCAAAAGACGUAAACGCCGGGAACGUGACAGAGAUCGCAGAGGACGCCGAGGACGCUCGAGGGGUCGUGACCGAGAAAGAUCACGGACCCCUGUGCGAUUGCCAGAGGUUGACCGCUUCAUCGACGAGAACAACAUCAAUUCUGAAGCUGCUAUGAAGAUCCGAGCGCUGAGUCCCGAGAGUCAGAGAAAAGUCAUUGCGCGGCCUCUCACUGGCGAUGUUCAAAACCCGUCAAAGGUCAUGAUUGCCCGGGUGAGAGAGUUGCAGAACCAGAACGAGAAAUCAAAAACAGGCUCCGGUGCUGACUUUUCGUUGUGGAGCGGAGCAAUGCUUGGGGCACCUCCAGAAGCGGCGAUUGCCAAGUACAUCGAGGAAAAUGACCUUGAUGACAGCGCAGCCAGGUCUCUUCGAGCUUUGCUGCCGCACAACCAGGCAGUUGCCAUCCACUGGGACUUAUCGCCCUACAAGAACCGUUCCGCAAAAUUCAUGUCGAUGGCCGCUGCGCUUGGAAAUGCCCCGCCUUUUCCAAUGCCAGUGCCGCCAAUGUAUGGCAUGCCUCCAGUCGCGGGGCCUGGAGGUGUACCGGCUAUGUACACAAUGCCACCACCUGGACUAGGCCCUCCAGGCAUGGUGCCACCUAUGUAUAGCAUGCCUCCGCCAGGCACGCAAUGAGGAGCUCCACAAGCUGCUUGCAAAACCGUGCCCAUGCGGUUUGCUUUGUGUAUGCCUCCGAUGAUGGGCAUGAUGCCACCAGGUAGAUGAUUGGGACACACAUGACUUCAGAGGUGAAAGGCAGCAACUUUUGUUACGG